GUCGCCGGAGAUUUCUGCUAUGUUUCUGCUUAGCAAAGCUCACCGAGUUCCGCUCAGUCUGGCCAAUCGCAUCUCGCUGUGUCUCAGCACCAUCAUUGCAGUGUGCAGAGAUCAUACGGAGGUACUGCUUAGCGGAGAGAGGGACUGUUUGAAGAAGGGGAGAUACACGACCUGGGUGACCGCUCUGGGCAAACACCGUUCCCGGUUCCCCGACACAGGCACCGUGUGGCAUCCGUACAAGCAGCUUCAGUCCAAGUGACCCUCAGUGAGCGACAGAUGUGUGACACUGUGGAGAACCAUUUGCAUCUCCCAGCGGAGAUUUGAGUUCUGGGACACUGAGGCAGCCAAAGGGGGGGUGUCUCUGAGGAAGAUGCUGGGCUCAGAGCGCGGGGUUGUCGAAGAAUGGCUCUCAGAAUUCAAGUCCUUACCAGAAACCCACAUCCCCAGCUACGCCGGCAGCCUUCAUCUAAAGAAGUCCUUGGUCCCAGCUCUCUACAGAGUCAUCCAGGACCCCAACAACGAGCUCUUGGAGCCUGUGUGCCACCAGCUGUUCGAGCUGUACCGCAGCUCCGAAGACCGCUUGCGACGUUUCACCCUGCAGUUCCUGCCCGAGCUGGUCUGGGUUUAUCUGCGCAUCACUGCCAGCAGGGAUCGCCAGAGCAAUGGCUGCAUCGAGGCCCUGCUCUUGGGCAUCUAUAACCUGGAAAUUGUGGACAAAGAUGGCAACAGCAAGCUCCUCUCCUUCACUAUUCCAUCUCUCUCCAAACCAUCGAUAUAUCAUGAGCCUUCUAGCCUGGGGUCUAUGGCACUGACAGAGGGAGCUCUCUGUCAACAUGACCUGAUCAGAGUGGUGUACAGCGGCCUCCAUCCUCAGAGAGAGACCUUCACUGCACAGAACAGGUUUGAGGUGCUGUGUUUCCUCAUGCUCUGCUACAACUCUGCUGUGGUCUACAUGCCCCUUUCUUCCUAUCAGUCGGUCUGUAGGAUGAGCUCACGGUUGUGUGUAUGCGGCUUCCCUCGACAGCAGCAGAAGCUUUGGAGGGAACCUUGUAACCGAGUGCUGCUGGACCCUGAGUUCAUGGUGCAGAUGCUGACUGCAGUUUAUCAUGCCAUAUACAAUGGAGAGUGGGAGAUGGGGCGAGAAGCUUUGGAGGACAUUCUGUACAGAGCCCAGCUGGAGCUUUACUCCCAGCCUCUCCUGCUGGGGAACGCCAUGAAAAACUCGCUGCCAGAAAGUGCUCCCGAUGAACCGCGGGGGCGCAAAGUGCUCCAGGUGGAGGUGACACCCACCAUUAGCCGUAUAUCCAUCUCAGCCAUCACCACCGCCUCCAUACGACGCCACCGCUGGAAGAGAGAGGAUUGUUUUGACUACUCAACCGAUGCAGAGUUGAGCCUCAACGUCAAUCCUCCUAGCCUCGCCCAGCACCACCACCGCACCCCCUGGGAGCCCGCGGCUAAAGAGGAAAGAGGAGGGCGGCAUCACAGCCACCACAGCAGCAGCAGCAGCAUCAUUCCCCCCAUCACUCUCGAGGGUAGGGGACGGGGGCGGACACUCAGAGCAGGGCGGGUCUCAGGAGGAGGUGCCCCCUUCGAUCUGUAUCAUCCCAACCCUCCUCCUACCCCUUCUCAGCUUGAGGCGGUUAACUCUGCCCUUUCCAUUGUGGCUGCCUCUUCACUUCCCCAGAGUAUACUAACUCAUCCAGUCUAUAAUACCCUCAGCCAACAACAAACCAUUGCUAUGUUUUUGCCUCAUUUGAGAGUGGAAGAGUCGCCUAUUCUGGGUUUGAAGGAAGUGUGGCUGGCUAGGGGCCGUUUUGCAUGGGCCUGUUGUCAUGUCAUAGUCUCUCUUUUUCCUCAUCAUGCCUUCAACAGUAGAUUGCCGCCUUUGUCACUCACUGAGCAUGUUUAGUGUCCAGCUUGACCUUAAAUUCUGCGCUUUCUAAACUCUCCCUUGUUGAUAAUUGGGGUUAUUUAUUUAUUUUUUUCCCCUAAAUUUUAACAGGGAAUAUAAAUCAGUUUUGCAAAACUGGCUCAGAGUACCCGGCUUGUUUCUGCACUGCCCCUCAAGGUGUUUGAUAGCACCAAAUGUUAGGUCUCUGAGGCCAGCAGCACUCGUCUGCUGUCACCCUGCAGGAUGAGACCCUCCGAUUUGUUUUUGUUUUUGUUUUUUUUAUUAGUCCAGGAGCUUUAUUCUGUCUGUGUUCUUUUGAGUUUUCCUCAGCUCAGUGAGUGAAAACAAACCCUGCAUGCACACGCUACGGCAAGCUUCAGUAAUUUCUGCUUCAACAUGAAACCUUGGAACAUUAGCUUAGCAAAAGAAAAGGCCAUAUGACGAAUUGCUGUCAAACUCCAAUAAAUCGAGUAGGGACUGUAGGCCCAUUUUGCAUUGUUUAAAUCGCUGUCCAUUCCCAUUUAUGGCUGUUUUUAAAUCUUGAAACAUCAGACUCAUUUCCUGGCUUGUGGUCAGUGUGCGUCUGAGUGCCAUCCCGUUUUCUUCCAGUGAGCUUUCACUGAACUUGGUGCAACUGCAGUGAAAAAUCCUUUAAACUUCAUUAGAUAGUAAUCUGCCAGGUAUUAAAGAGAAACAUGGGAUUAUUUCAAAAGAACAUGUCUGUUAGUUUGGCCUUCCAUUGCAUUGAAAUUAAGUUGCUUGUGGCUUUGCAUGUUUAAACUUGCUAAUCGCAUAUUCUUUGCUCUGCAACCAUUUUUCUUUUUAUUUAAUUUUUCUUGCCUUCCUUCCAGGAAACAAUUCAUUUAAAUUCAUGUCAUUUCACUUGGAAAAUAUAGAUCAGCAGACCUAAAAUGUGUAACUCAAAUAUUUAAUAUUGUUCAGUUUGUGUAGUUAUGUUUUUUUCUAAAUCCAAAAUGGGGCAGUUUUAAAAACUCUGAAAUUAUGGUCAUAAUGUUGCUUUUAAAAGAGCUCGACUAAUGCAGGAUUUU